AUGGCGCGACCGGAGAGUGGCCGCCGGGGUCCGCCGCGCCGGCCCGCCGCCCCCGCAGCCCGUCACACCGCGGGGAAAGCGCACGGUCGGCCGCGCCGCUCUUGUCCCUUAGGCUUUGCGACUCUGCCGUAAGGCAGCCCCUCGCGCUGUCGCGACUCGGCCGUGCGCCGCUGGAGCCAGGGGUCGGGGGGUCAUGGCUGCCCUGCGGCGCGGGAGGAAGACUCUGCUCCCACCUUUCUGCCGGGCCUUCGCUGGCCGCCGCUGUCAGCUUGCCCCGGAGCGAGGUGCCGAGCGCAGGGAUGCGGCACCGAGCCGGGUCUCAAGAUUCUGCCCUCCAAGAAAGUCUUGCUAUGAUUGGAUAGGACCCCCAGAUAAAUAUUCAAAUCUUCGACCUGUUCACUUUUACAUCCCUGAAAAUGAAUCACCCCUGGAACGAAAGCUUAGAAAAUUGAGACAAGAAACACAAGAAUGGAAUCAACAGUUCUGGGCAAACCAGAAUUUGACAUUUAGUAAGGAAAAAGAAGAAUUUAUUCACUCAAGACUAAAAGCUGAAGGCCUGGGACUGAGAACUGAGUCAGGUCAGAAAGCAACACUGAAUGCUGAAGAAAUGGCUGGCUUCUACAAGGAAUUUUUAAGUAAAAAUUUUCGGAAGCACAUGUAUUAUAACAAAGAGUGGUACAGGCGGAACUUUGCCAUCACCUUCUUCAUGGGAAAAGUGGCCCUGGAGAGGAUCUGGAACAAGCUGAGACCGAAACAAAAGAAGUCGAGCAGCUAAGAGUCCGCUGUGACCAUGGCGCCCAGCGUCCAGGUUUCCAGAGACGCGAGUGGUCACAGGAGCUCAUCGUGCAAGGGCUCUGAAAACCGUCGG